GCCGAGUCUACAAGUGUGGAUCUCGCAAAAGUAACCAAUCGAGUUGACCAAUUAGACAAAUUGACCAAUCACGACUGGCGACGCUCAAUCAGCUGUUUAACUUCUCUGGAUUCUCGGAUGGUCCAUAAUGAAUUGACACGUGAAUCGAAAACAGUGAAUGUGUAGUGUUAGUAAUAAUGGCGAAACAAAUUACCACGGUACUAAUAGACCUUAGUGGAACACUGCACAUUGAUAACACAGUCAUCCCAGGCGCUGUACAAGCGUUAAAUAAGCUACGAAAUGCGAAUUUGUCCAUCAAGUUUGUCACCAAUACCACUAAAGAGUCAAGUAAUUGUUUGUAUGAACGCCUAAUAAAACUUGGGUUUGACUUAAAAAAAGAGGAAAUCUUCAGUUCUCUAGCUGCUGCAAGAAAAUUGAUUGUCUCUCGACAACUAAAGCCAAUGUUGUUAAUUGAUCCUGCAGCAAUGGAAGAUUUUGAAGAUCUUGUAACAGAUGAGACACCUAACACGGUAGUAGUCGGUUUAGCUCCGAGUAAGUUCAACUACGAUGAGCUGAACAAAGCCUUUAGAUUGCUCUUGGAUGGUGCGUCUCUCAUAGCUAUUCACGAAGGGCGAUAUUACAAGCGUCCUGAUGGUUUGGCUCUAGGUCCUGGUGCGUUCAUCAAAGGCUUGGAGUAUUCAAGCAACGUGAAAGCGGAAGUUGUUGGUAAACCGACCAAAGAUUUUUUCAAAGCAGCUUUAGGAGAAUUAGAUCCUGCACAAGCUGUAAUAAUUGGAGAUGAUGUGAAAGACGACGUGGCUGGUGCACAGGCAGCUGGGAUCAAAGGUAUAUUGGUGCAAACUGGUAAGUACAGAGCGGGAGAUGAGGAUACGAUCAAUCCGAGACCGGCAAAAGUAUGUAAUUCUUUCGUACAAGCUGUCGAGAGUAUUCUUGAUGGAAUUAUUUGAAGAUUCGGGUUGAAUAAAAUUGAACCCAAACAAAUAAUAGAAUUUAUUUAUUUACACAUUGCUUCAUAAACAAUGCAAUCUCUUUUGUAUGUAUAUAUAUAUAUAUAUGUCUGUAUAUACAUAUACAUAUUAAAGUAUAUAUUUUAUUAUUUAAAUACUGAUUUACAAUGUACAUAGUUUGGAAAAUGACGCUAUAUUAUACUGUAAAAUAGACAGUAAAUACAAAUAGAAAUUAAUUACUUCUCUGAUAUGGUACUUUAUAUUGCCUUCCGCGUAUGUCUAAGUAAGUAAUAAUUUCUACUAAACUGAGGUAAAAGAUCGGGAUGUGAUGAUAUAUUAUACAAAGAGAUAGUCGGAUAAAUAUGAAACUAUCGUGGAAUGAUAGAAAUAUCGUCUCUUUGUACACACACUCGUAGAAAAUCGUAGAAAAUUCGACUUGUUCAUCAACAUCUGAGAGAGUUCGCAGUAUCUCUUAGGUCAAAAUGAUAAAAUAUAUUUUACAAAACAAUGUAAACAUUUGUGUGUAAUAAGCAUUCGAUUUUUAUUUGUAGAGACGAUAUUGGUCUAAUUUUCAUAUCGUUCUAAGAACUUAUAAAUUUAAUCAAUUUCUUGCCCAAUACACGCUACAUAGCUUUUUAAAUAGUACACUAGUGUAGAAUCUGCGCUUAUAUGUAAUAAUAGUGAAACAGGUUUUUUACGGAAACUAAGUGCCCUCUCUUUCAAAACGGUAUGGUGCGCUGUGAGUAUCGUUUUCAGUACAAAAUUUGGCACCGACGACUCUGCUAUCCUUUUUGUUUUUAUACAAGUCAACAAAUAUAUACGAACGCUGCAUUAUUCUCAAUUUUCAAUGUAACAUUCAUCGAGAAGCAAGAGAUGAAGUGGAUAUUUUGAUUUUUUUUACUAUUGUUCUAGUAUCCAAUAUAUUUUUUUUAAUUUUCUGUGCUUAAAUAUACAUAACACGAUGUGUUCUCUCUUCGGAAAAUAAAAGACUAAAUUUAUCGUUCUCCUACUGCAUUCAACAAAAUUUAUACACUAUUCAUUAAAGAGUAAAUAUACUAAUGAAAAACGUAAUAAACAUGCCGUGACAUAGCACGAUAACUGUGUUUGCACGAUUUAUUAGACAAUUUAUGAUUAAUUAAUGCGGGAAAGAGAAAAAAUGUAUUGCGAUCAUGUAUUCUGUAAUUACAGCUGUUUUGUUUUAAAUACAAGUCAUAAUUUAAAUGCCCUCUGUAACUUAUGAUCUAUCAGGCACAUCUUGAUUAUUCACAUUGUAGUAAUGAAUACCUAAAGUGUGUGAUCUGUUAAAGAAAAAACACUAACUAAAAUGGCAAAGUAGUUAAUCUCGAUUUAUGCAAGAUAUAUCUGGGUAAAAAAAAAAACAAAACAAAAAAACAAAAAAAAACAAUAUACAUUUUGAAUAUCUAUGUGUAAUAAACUGAAUUUAAUGAUUAAUAAUUAUUAUCUAUAUUAUUAUAAAAUCGUUGUAAUAAAGAAUUGAAAUAAUUUUUAAUUGAAGGCAAUCUC